AACCUAUCAAAUGAAGGAUUGUUAAGUGACAUUUACGACUAUACCAAUUUUUAAUGUAUUUAUCUUAUCUCUUUUAGCUACAAUCAUUGGAGUUUCAAUUGUAUUAAUAGUGAUAUGUGCCUUGGUAAUGGUGUUCUUUCUGCAUAGAGAUAAAAUUAAAGAAAAGUGUUGUAAAAAGAAGAUUUCAGUAGAAACCAAUGAAGAUGUCAACCCAUUAUACCAUACAAUAUUUGACGAGAAUUUUAACAUUGGAAACAGAGCUAAACCAUUACAGCUUCCUCCAUUAAUGCACCGAUUAAGGGAAGGAAGCCAACAAACCUUCAACGAAAAGGAGAAAAAGAAAAGUAAAAAGACAAAAUCUGAAUUGGCUAAUACACAAAUUCCGAAAGAACAAUACGAAGGGUCAGGAAUUGUUGCUGACAAGUCUAACAGACCAAAGAAAAAGAAAAAGAAAAAGAAAUUAUCACAUAUUUUGAAAGACAGUGAACCCGAGUAUACUCCGAAGCCAAGAUCUUACGGAAAGAGUACUUUUUCGCGUGACAUCGGCAAUUUUUUGGCGGAUGUUGAUGUGAAUCAAAGGUUUAGACGUACCUCCAUUAUAGAUAUAACUGAUCCUCAAGGUCAUUUAGAGAAAUCUGUAGAGAUCAAUACUAUAGUCGAUGUUAAACCGCUAGAUGUAUCGUCAAAUGUAUGAAAUACUUACUAUAGCAUUCUUCCGCACACAACGUUUUUGGAAUAUCUAGGUAUCUAUAGGUCCGUCCGUCCGCCUGUUCGUCCAUAUGUCUGUAUGUUUUUGUCCGUGUGGUACAUGUAUGUGAGCGCCAAUCCUCGUGAAGUGAAUGUCUAGAUUGGUAUAAAAGAAAUUGCAUACAGUUAAAAUACUUCCUGAGGAUGUGCACUAAGAAAUAUAAUUCCGACCAAAGAAGAGAAGAUAUUCGCAUUUACUUUACGAUAAACUAAUAGUAUUGCGGGGCGGGUUUGUAAUUUGUAAGUUUCACUCACAGUUCUAGUUAUUAUUGUAUAUUUAUCUAUCCGAUUUGUAUUUAUUUAAUCUGUUUCAUUAAACUAAUAAAAAACUUAAA